CGGGCGGGCGGUGUUGGGGCGGGGGGCUGCUGGCUGCCGGCUGCCACCCCUCGGCGGCGGCGGGUCCGUGGCGGCGCCGCUCCGCGCGCAGCCGCCGGGCGAGCAGCGCGGGGGGAGAGGGGCCGGGCCGCCACCCCUCCGAGGGCCCGGCGGCGGCCGCAGGUGGAGGAGCCCAACCAUGAGCAGCGACACACCGCACCUGUCCCCCGGGCUGCCCUGGCUGCAAGCGCAGCGCGGUUUCCCGGCGGAUCGGCUGGCGAGGAAGUUGUAAAUCCUUUGUGAUGGCCAACAAGAAGGAGCCUCCCUUUUUCAACGAGGAUAACAUGGGGCCGUUUCACUACAAACUUCCUUUCUACGAAACUAUGGAGCUCUUCAUCGAAACGCUCACGGGAACCUGCUUCGAGCUGCGAGUUUCUCCCUUUGAAACAGUUAUUUCUGUGAAAGCGAAAAUUCAAAGACUGGAAGGUAUUCCUGUCUCUCAGCAGCACUUAAUCUGGAAUAAUAUGGAACUGAAGGAUGACUAUUGUUUGAAUGAUUAUAACAUUUCAGAAGGCUGCACUCUGAAGUUAGUUCUGGCUAUGCGAGGUGGACCUAUUAACACUAGAAGAGUUCCUGUAGAAGACCCUGUAAGGGAAAUGGCUGAAUACAUGGAUCCUGGUAGAGAUGAGAUCUGGGAGAAAGGGCCAUCUAACAAACAAGUCACCUUCUUAGUAUAUCGAGAAGGAGAUCAGCUGAAUUUCUUCCGUGUGGUGGACCGGGGAGAUGGCACUUUAACACCAUUAUCUGAAUCUUUGAGUGGUGGUUCGGUGUAUAACUUAUAUGCCGAUGAUGAAGAUGAGACGGAGGCAUCACCUUCUGGCCAACAGAUUAUUGAGAAUUCAAUUACUAUGAAUAAAAUGAAACUGCUCAAGGCAAAGAUGGAAAACAUGAAUCUAAGUAAAAAGCCUAAAAAAACUGUCAAAGUGAAACCUCGUCCUCCAACAGCUCCUCGACCAUCUAGUGGCUCAGCAGCUGCUGCUCGUCACCGGUUUUUAAGAGUGCUCCCCCAUAUUGGACAGUCCUGCCUACCUCCUCCUGGGAAUUCAUAUCCUUUGGAGUCUUCCCAAAAUGCACUUUCAGCUUUGGCUUCUUUGGCCACUGCUGGUAGAACAAUGCCAUCCACAACUAAUGACUUUCUUAAGGAAGAUGACACUUGGCAGAGUGCCUCUUGGUCUCAUUCGGUUAGUAGCAUCAGGUUACCACCGAAAAUAUCUCGUGUUGAACUAGAAAAUGCAAAAGUACCUACAAAUAGUAUUCUGACUCCUGUUUCAUCUCUGUCUGCAAACUUGGAAAAAGUGUCUGAAAAUGUGACCUCAGCAAAUGAAGAGGAUUCUGUUUUGUAUCCGAAUCUAACAAAUGUAGAACUGUAUGGAACAGAAGAAAAACUUUUAUCUGAAGCAGAUACUUUCGCUUUGUUAACAGAAGCAAGCACCACAGAGCAGUGUAGUGAGAUAUAUGAUAUAGGAAAGGUGAACCCAGAACUUGAACUGUCUGAUGGAGAUGAAGAAUCUAAGGUUUUAGAACAGCAUAGAAAACCUAUUAGUAAAGUGCUGAGCACUGCAGCAAUGGGGACAGGACUUCUCAGUACUCGUGAACUAAGUCCUCGGAAAAAUACAGUUUUGUCACCUCUUCGUUAUUCAGCACAAGUGGCACAUCACAGUUCUCUGAAACCACAAACACAACCCAAAUGCUUUGAGGCUGAUAACUUGAGAUCUACAGCCUCCCCAAAUGUGCUUCGAUCUUUGGAAGUCCGUAGUUUAGCAGAUUCCUCUUUUUCUAGGACUACUAGAUUUCAUAGCAUGAAAGUAGAUUCACUUGGCAAGAGACCUGAUGUAACUGCUAAAGCAGAAGCUAGGGACAUCACAGAUGUGACUAACAAGGCAUCCAAAGAACCUGUGAGUUCUGUAAAUAACUUAGGAUUUCUAGCUUCGCUGGCCCGAAGCGCAAACAGGGAAAGUUUACAGAGUUCCUGUGGGACAGGCAGGUUUCGGACUUCUGGUAUUGUACUACCUACAAAUCUUCAGCAUUUUCAGGAAGAAAGCUUUAGGAAAACUACUCCACCAAACGAAGCUGCUGAAUAUAUUCUAUCUGCUCAUGCGCUUGGAAUGAAUGGAAUUAACGCAGCUGUAGGGAAAAGAGUAGCAGGUGAAGCAACCCAUCUUCCACCUGUGAAUGGCUCAGUUCAAGCAAAAAAGAAAAUUGCAAAGCAUUGCUUUCUUUGUGGCAAGAAAACUGGAUUGGCAACCAGCUAUGAGUGCAGAUGUGGAAACAACUUCUGUGCAACUCACCGCUAUGCAGAGGCUCACACCUGCACCUACGACUAUAAGAGUGCAGGGAGAAGGUAUUUGCAAGAGACCAAUCCCGUCGUUAGUGCACCAAAGCUUCCCAAAAUCUAACAUGGUUGUGCUGCAUGUGGCCGUUCUGCCAUUGAAGAAUUAUUACAUUGAGAGAAGCACUUGCUUAAACUGCAUAAUUUUGCCAUGCUCGAUAUCUAAAGAUUUGCCAAGUAACAAAAGCACAUGAGGAUGCAUCCUAUUGAAGAAUAAUGUGAACACUACUGCAGUUAAAACUUUUCCUCUUUGGUGAAUGAAAAGUUAAAGAUAGUUUUUAAAAACUUACACUAUGAAUUAACUGUUACUGCACGUCUUGUGUUGUGUUUUAUAUUUGGAAAAGCUAUUUCACUAGACAAGUCUUUAAAAGAUGCACUUUACUAACUUCAUUUACUGUAUAACCAGACUUGAGGGGGUGUUGUAAUGAGGGUGUCAUGUAAUGUCUUCUGUACUCCUGCGUUUUUUGUCCAUUGCGUGGUAUCUAAGUUAUUUCACUAGAAAGAUCCUCCUCCCUCCCCUUUCUUCAAAGAGCCUGUUUUGAGAUAUCUGAGGUGGUAGUGUAUUCUGCCCCCUAUUCCAUUCAGAUUGGUAUUCAUACACUGUGUAUCCAUUCUGAAAAUAACAUAUCAUGUUAAUCACGUUUUCUUAAAAUAAUACUGUUUAUAUGACAGAUUUGUUUUUAAAUAGAAAAUCUUCCCCUUUGUUGACAUUAAAUAUAAGGAACAACUUAUUUUAACUUUUUUUGUAAUCCUAGAUUUUUUUAAGAUUUCACAGCCUGGUUUGUUAAGAUGUCGAAUGCUGUUACUGGAAGAAAUUCUAAUAAAUAUUAAAUUUUAUUCUGGUUUAUGAUCUUAUAGAUGCACAAAAUAAGUCUUCCUAUUUCAAAACACAUGCCUAAAUUAAAAGUUGGGCUUUGUUUUGGGGCUGGGGAGAAGGGGAUAUUUUUACAUCUGUAUUUUUCAGAAGCACCAGCUCAUCUCUGUUCCCACUGAAGUUGGUCAAAAAUUCCCACCUACUUCAUUAGAAACAAUGUGACCAACAUUGUGUGCUUUAAAUAAAUUAAAUAAACCUCCUGGAUGUGGUAGCAAAGGAAAAACGGGUGUUCAACAAAUGGCAUAUUUUAAUCUUGAGAAUUUAUCACCUCCUGCUGAUACUGUACAAAAGGCAGUUCAGUACUUACUUGCAUGAGGCACCUCUAAUGAGCAUUUAGCCACUUUAGCAAGUGGUGUUUAGAGCCAUACCUGCUGAAAGCCCAACCUAAAGCUUGUCCUCUUUCAUUCACUUUACAUGUCUGGAGUCUUUAUAAGCUUACGUUGCCCAAGGUGUUAUAGUAUGAACACACAUGUACCUCCACGUCGUAUCUAGACACUUAAAUGUCACGGUCCCUUUCUUAAAAGUUUCCUCAGCAAUUUGGUUGUUUGGGGUUUUAAAAUGGUCUAUGCUGCUUUAUAGUCGAACAGCAGCUGAUCCGAUGAGCACAGCUGUUAAAAGUUUGGCCAAUAAAGAAAAGUAGAUUGAAAGAGAAGUAACUGGAAGAAUUCUCAUCCUUGGAGAAAUUCCUUUACAUGUUCUCCACCUGUAACUUCUUCCUUUGGAAUUUUCAGUAAGUGAGGUCCUUGGAACACAAUUUUCAAAUUCAUUCUUCUGAACAGUUACAAGGUAAAAUGGUCAUUCUGUGUGUGAUCCCUGGGUUUCUUUUUUCUUACUAGAAAAAGCUGCACUGAGUGCGGAGAACUGCAUAUAGUUUUUCUUCUUUCCAACGCAGGAUAAUACUUCAUGCUGGAGGAAAAGAAUAGGAAACUGGGCAAAUGUAUUGUUUUCCUAGCAAUUUGUUACUUGUGGCUCAGCAUCUUUAAGACAGCAGUAUUGUUCUCUUGUAGAUAAAGUACAAAUUCUGGUAGGAAGUAGAAUUAAAAUAAUGUAGGCUGUUAUCACUUAAACUUAAUCUGAUAUUGUUCAAGUAUAAUGGCAGGAUAUUUUUUUUUCUGCAGUGUAUUAGAAUGGCCACACUCAAAUUUUUACAAAGAGUGUACAAUUAAGAUUUGUAUCAGAAAGUAUGAAUAAAGUCUUGGUUGUGACUCUUUCUGCA